CAUGUCCUUUCCAUCUCUCAUCCUCCACGGCGUCGGUUUCCUGUCGGCUAUUCGCCGCCGAGGGCCGGAAUCCGACAACUUCUAUUUCGCAGGUGGCCGGCGGUUAGUUUAACACAAUACGCAUUGCAGUUAAACAUCCAAGCUGAAGCCAUUAAGUUUCGUUUCCCCGGUUUGGUUUGCCCGAGGUCGGAGUUUUAAAGCGUUGCUGCUGUUCAACACAAGCUGAUCCUGGAACCCUAGAAUUCAUGAAAGCACGGAAUGAGAUGAAGGGAUCACUGUGUUGAGUGCCCCUUUCGGUUUAAUCGCUGGAGCAAGUAGAAUGUUUGCGGCGAGGAGCCUCCAAAGCCGUUGUCUCAAGACCCUCUCUAGUCUAAUCCUCAACGGUCCUUUCAAGGAUGUUUUGUUUUCAAGAGAUGUUCCCGCGAAGUAUUGGCCAAGCAAUGUGAUUCGGUCAAGCCUCGCCGGCCAAAACGUGUGUUUGUCGUCGGUCAAGCUUUUGAAUUGCUUCGAUGGGUCGAGGGCGAUGUCGACAAGCAAGGGGAGGAGCAUGAGAAGCAAGGUGGAGAGGCGGAUGCAAAAAGAGUCGGGAAAAACCCUAAGAGAGAUUCGGCGGGCAAAGAAAUUGAGGAAGAAGUUGAUGACUGAUGAGGAGCGGCUCAUUUACAACAUCAGAAGAGCCAAGAAAAAGGUGGCAUUGCUUCUACAGAAGCUGAAAAAAUAUGAACUACCAGAGCUGCCACCCCCACGCCAUGAUCCUGAGCUGUUGACCCCUGAGCAACUCCAGGCAUAUAAGAAGAUUGGUUUCAGAAAUAAAAACUAUGUUCCUGUUGGUGUGCGUGGAGUUUUUGGAGGAGUUGUCCAAAAUAUGCACCUGCAUUGGAAGUUUCACGAGACCGUCCAAGUUUGUUGUGAUAACUUCCCCAAGGAAAAAAUUAAGGAGAUGGCGAGCAUGCUUGCAAGAUUGAGUGGCGGUAUUGUUGUUAAUGUACAUAAUGUGAAAACUAUUAUCAUGUUCCGUGGCAGAAACUAUAGGCAACCGAAGAAUUUGAUACCUCUCAACACCCUCACCAAAAGGAAGGCAUUGUUCAAAGCUAGAUUUGAGCAGGCACUUGAGUCUCAGAAACUGAACAUAAAGAAAAUUGAGCAGCAGCUCCGCCGAAUGGGUGUAAAUCCUGACGAUCCUGUUGCCAUGGCAAGCAUUCAAAGAGUUGCUUCUACUUUCUUCAAUGCAAUUGACAAGAAAGAAGGAAGCCCUUAUGUAUUCCGUGAGGACAAACAGUCAGAAGCUGAGCCUAGUAGUAAACUACAACAGUCGGAACCUGCUGAAGACAGUGACCAGGAGGAGCUUGACAGAUUCAUAGCUGAAAUAGAAGAUGCAGCUGACAAAGAAUGGGCUGAGGAGGAAGCAGCAGAGAAAGAAGAAAUCAGCAGGAUCAGAUAUUGGAACAGAGAGAAUUUGGGUGGAAGGUAUAGAAGAUCUGAAGUGCUUAGAGGUGAAGAUUCUGAUGAUGAGAAUGCACACGGUGGUAGGCGUUCUGACGAUGGUGACUAUGAAGAUAAUAUUUCUGAUGAUGAUGAAGAACAUUCUGGUAGGGUUGGAGAUGCCAGUGAUUAUGACACUGAUGUCAAUGACCAUGGCCGAGUUCCUAAUAAAUUUGAAGUACCUAAGGUAGAAAGGGGUAAGCGAAACGUUUUAGGUAGAGCUAAUGCUAAUGAAGGUUUCAGGAGAAUCCCGGAAGCUAAAUUCUCGGAAAAGUUGCUGAAAGAAGAUUCUGGAUCAGAUAUGCUAAGCGAUGUGGAGGCGGCAAUGUGGCAAACUGACAGUGAGGACGAACAAGAUCAGGGACAGACAACAGCAAGGACACAUUACAGGAGCAGCAGUGAUGAAGACGAGCAGACAUAAGGAUGUAGUGAAUGAAGCUUGGGACAGUGAUUUGGGUUUUUGUUAUAGAGCUUGGCUCUUCAAAAGAAGGUGAAUAGUAGGGUGGAUCCUGGAAAGCUUUACUUGAUAGAGAAAACAGGGUUAAUUUAAUUCAUUUGGGGGAUCAUUGACUCUCCUCUAUAUUCUGUACUGAUAUAUAAACAUUGGAUCGCUGAAAGGCCUAGAAAAAUUGGGGAUUGAGUUGCUGCUGGGGUUAUGGCAUACCGGACGGAUUGUGCAAGCAAAUGCAGGGACUUAACAACAAUCUGGAAAUGCCCAAUGAAAUGGUACCUAAAUUUACAUGUUAAACUUGAAACUGGAUCAUGCCAUUACAGGGUCUUUGAUACUCUGUUUGGCGGCUGGCAGACGGAUGUAAGUGAAAAGUUGAAGCCCAUUAUACAAGUUUUAUGAGGUCUGCACUUGUAUUUUUACUAAGUUUAUAUUUCAUACAUUUGGUUUUUAAUUUAUUUAACUUAAAUUCUCAAGGUUA